ACUGCGGGCGGCGAGGCAGCCGGGCCGGCAGCCAUGUGGACGUCGCUCGGUGCCCGCUCGGAGUCGGCCGGCCCCAGGGCAGCCAGCGGCCGCCUCUGGGCUGUCGUCCUGGGAGCCGCGGCGGGUUUCUUCCUCCUCGGGUUCCUCAUCGGCUGGUUUGCAAAACCUACAGAUAAGAAGACAUCUCUGAGUACUCAUGAGGACAUGAGGACAGCAUUUAUGGCGGAAAUGAAAGCGGAAAACAUCAAGCAGUUUCUUUACAAUUUUACACGGCUUCCUCACCUAGCAGGAACAAAGGAAAAUAUGCAUCUGGCACAGCAAAUCCAAGCUGAGUGGAAGAAAUUUGGUUUGGAUUCAGUUCAGUUGGUUCAUUAUGAUGUCUUACUCUCUUACCCCAACGACACUAAGCCCAACUACAUCUCAAUAAUCGAUGAGCAUGGCAAUGAGGUUUUCAACACAUCAUUGUCUGAGCCUCCUCCUCCAGGAUAUGAGGCUGUUGCAGAUGUGGUGCCACCCUACAAUGCCUUUUCAGCCCAAGGAGUGCCUGAGGGUGAGUUGGUGUAUGUGAAUUAUGGCCGCACCGAGGACUUCUUUACGUUACAACGUGACAUGGGAAUUAACUGCACAGGAAAGAUUGUUAUUGCCAGAUAUGGGAAGAUCUUCAGAGGAAACAAGGUGAAGAAUGCUGAAUUGGCAGGUGCCAAGGGAAUUAUUCUGUACUCUGACCCUGCUGACUACUGUGCACCUGGAGUAGAUCCUUAUCCAAACGGCUGGGACCUUCCAGGUGGAGGAGCCCAGCGUGGGAAUGUAUUAAACCUGAAUGGAGCAGGGGAUCCUCUGACUCCAGGUUAUCCUGCAAAAGAAUACAUGCACCGAUUAGACAAAAGCAGUGGUGUAGGUCUCCCAAAAAUUCCAGUUCAUCCUAUUGGCUAUCAUGAUGCAGAAUCAUUACUGCGUAAUAUGGGAGGACCUGCACCACCUCACAGUAGCUGGAAAGGAAAUUUGAAUGUAUCUUACAACGUUGGUCCUGGAUUUACAGAAGAUCAUUCUUCAAGAAAGGUGAAAAUGCACAUUCAUAGCAACAAUGAAGUAAGAAGGAUUUACAAUGUGAUUGGUACCAUCAGAGGCACAGUGGAACCAGACAGAUAUGUCAUCCUGGGAGGCCACCGUGACUCAUGGGUAUUUGGUGGCAUUGAUCCUCAGAGUGGGGCAGCUGUGGUUCACGAGAUUGUGAGGAGCUUUGGAAAACUGAAAAAUGAAGGAUGGAGACCAAGGAGAACAGUGAUAUUUGCAAGCUGGGAUGCAGAGGAAUUUGGCUUGUUAGGAUCAACAGAGUGGGCUGAGGAAAAUGCCAAAGUAUUGCAAGCACGGGGAGUGGCUUAUAUCAAUGCAGAUUCUUCUGUUGAAGGAAACUACACACUGCGAGUGGAUUGCACACCACUGAUGUACAGCCUGGUUUAUAGUCUGACUAAAAAGAUACCAAGUCCUGAUAAGGGAUUUGAAGGAAAAUCUCUUUAUGAGAGCUGGUAUAAAAAAAAUCCAUCAAGUGAAUAUAAAGAGGUCCCCAGAAUAAAUAAACUGGGUUCUGGCAAUGACUUUGAAGCAUUUUUUCAACGUCUUGGCAUUGCUUCAGGCAGAGCACGUUACAGUAAAAAUUGGAAUGUGGAAAAAUACAGCAGCUAUCCAGUUUACCACAGUGUCUAUGAAACCUAUGAAAUUGUGGAACAGUUUUAUGAUCCCACUUUCAAGAAUCAUCUGACAGUAGCUCAGGUACGGGGAGGGCUGGUGUUCGAAUUGGCCAACUCUGUUGUGCUUCCCUUUGACUGUAGAGAUUAUGCAUCAGCUGUGAGCAACUAUGCUCGCAUCAUCUAUAAUUUGUCAAGGAAUCAUGAAGAGGAGCUGGCAACAUACAGUGUAUCCUUUGAUGCUCUGUUUUCAGCUGUGAAGAAUUUUACAGAAGUUGCUGCUAGCUUUCAUGAUAGACUGCAACAAAUAGAUUUCAAUAAUCUGCUUGCUGUCAGAUCACUAAAUGAUCAGCUCAUGUUUCUAGAAAGGGCUUUCAUCGACCCUCUUGGAUUACCUGGCAGGCCAUUCUAUAGACAUGUUAUCUUUGCUCCAAGCAGCCACAACAAAUAUGCAGGAGAAUCCUUCCCAGGAAUCUAUGAUGCCAUGUUUGAUAUUGAAAGCAAAGCUGAUCAACGUGAAGCCUGGGAAGAAGUGAAGAGGCAGAUUUCCAUUGCAGCAUUCACUGUGCAGGCAGCAGCAGACACACUGAAGGAAGUAGCAUAAAUAUGAACAAUACAGUCAUCAGCGAAGACUAAACAUGACAGUUUGCAGAAGUCUGAAAAAUUGAGCACUUGAAAACACUAGGACGAUUAUGAUAAAGAACAAAAAAUCAAAAAAACUGGGUCUUUGCAAAUAAUAUAACCAAGUUGAAUACAUUUAGUAAUGUUAACAAGAUAAUGUCCUCCAUUCUGAGAGGUCAGGAUUUAGAUGUCUUCUGAAUUGAGACUGAUAAUGUUUCAGGUUUUCUCCCGGCUUUGUAUUGUAAGAAUUGCUAACCACUCAAUUUAUUUUCGGAGUUUUGAAUUUUUCUAGCUUGAUUAUUAUAGUGAUCUCCAUAGUUCUUCAGGAAAACAGAAUUCAUUUCAUGUUUCUAUCAGUUACUAAUGUUGUUGUUGCCUUUUUGUUACUUACUCUGGGAUUGCAUAAUUAUACCUCAAGACAGACCUCUCAGCUCUCCUUUUCCACAAAGAUUGAGAUGGACAUGGAGAUGGGAAAGCUGUCACAUACCAUGUGCAGGAUCUAUAAUAAUCAUAAGAAGUUUUGGGCAGCCAGCCCAGAAUACUCAUCCAUGACAUUCUUUUCCUCACAUGCUGAACCUUGCAGCUGUUUGCAAAUAAAUUUAAGCAAGAAGAUUUUAGUUACUUGAAUAAAAACAAGGCAGUACAUCUUGUCAGACAUGUAGUCAUCUCACAAAAUGUCUUUUAAGAUGAAGACCCUAUUGUUAUUCUUUUAACCAAAAUCUACCCUUGCUAUGCCUUGUCUCUAUAGAGGUGUUUUUAAUAUGAAGACAGAAUCAAAGAAAACUCAUCAUGUCCUUAGUUUAAAAGGAUACCAAAUCAUUUCCAUUUUUGUAGCAUCUGUAUAUCUGAUGGUGAUGUGCUGCUUACUCUUAUGACGGACCACGAGACGACCAAGAUCAGACAGAGAAGACUCAGAAAAUCAGAUCCCUUUGCCACUGGACUUUUACUAACCUCUUAUACAGCUAAUACUUUGUGUGAUUUCAUGUGUCAUAUUAGCUGAGACCUCUACCAUGUCUAAAACUACUGGCCUGUGAUCUGAUGGUUUUCAGUACUAUGGCAUAUUGAUUUCUUUUCCAUGAGGCUUCAUUUAAUCCUAAAUAUUUCUGCACUUCACAUUAAAACCUUUUAGACAAAUUGCUGUAAUUAAGUCAUUAUUUUGCUUAACUGUUGGUCUUUCUGAUAAAAUAAUCUAGUUUAUCAGAUAAUGGGAAAUGCACUUAUAUCCAUAGUUAUUGCCCAGUUAUUUUCACAUUUUUUAUGAAACUGAUUGGAAUAAAAUGAUGGAGAUGUCUUCCCACAAAUCAGCACUGAUGGGAAACAUUGCUGACUCUGUUUUUUCACUUCUGGCUGCUCCACUCCCCCACUUUUACCAGUGGAGAAUUCGUUAUGACUGUCUAUAAUCCACCUCUGAAAAAAAUUAGCCAGGUUAGUUUAGUUAUCUUACCCUAGACGAUUUUGUCUGCAACAGUCAGGACACUGAUAAGCCAAAUCCACCAUGCAGAGAGGAGCAGGAAUAAACAGCUCCUGUUGAGCAGGUGGAUGCAGUAACAGUAUUUUUCUAUUGCAGAGGAGGAUGAACUGAAAUGCCAAACUCCAAAAUUGUGGAGAUCUUUCCCUAUGUGACCUGUAUGCUGCUUCAGCAACUUUUUCUUUCAGUCCAGAACACAUAAUUUUUUAAUCUCUGGCCAUAGCAUUAUUUCAUUUAAGUUUAAUUACAGCCCUUUUUAGAAAUAGUUAGCAAAUAAUACACAAUGUCCUGGCCCCGGAUCACACAAAGGACAGAAGUAGUUACACUCUUUAACUACAGCAACGUCCAUUAAAAAAAAACCUGUUGCCUGUUCCCUAAUCACUGCAGGGAACAGGAUACAGGAAAAGAAAUUUUCUCUCUCCUAAUGACUAGAAGCUGGAGACACAGGCUUCUGUGAACCUCAUGAAGUUCAACAGGGCUGAGUGCCAGGUGCUGCCCCUGGGUCAGGGAAAUUGCAAGCACAAAUCCAGGCUGGGCAGAGAAUAGAUGGAAACUAGCCCUAAGGAGAAAGACUUGGAGGUGUUUGUGCAUGAGAAGCUCAUCGUGACCUGGCAAAGUGCACUUGUGGUCCAGAAAGCCAGCUGCAUCCUGGGCUUCGCCAAGAGAAGUGUGGCCAUCAGCUUGAGGGAGGGGAUUCUGGUCUGCCCCACCUGCAGUGCUGUGUCCAGCUCAGGGCCCCAGUGUAAGGAAGGCAGGCCUCUGCAAGGAAUCUAGAGAAGGACCAUUAAAUCCAGGCCUGGAGCACCUCUGCUGUGGAGACAGGCUGAGAGAGCUGGGGCUGUUCAGCCUGGAGAAAAGAAAGCUCCGUGGAGACUUCACAGCACUUUCCAGUACCUAAAGCACCUAAAGAAGGCUGGAGGGGGACUUUUUAUAAGGACAUGUGCAACAGGACAAGGAGGAAUGGCCUUAAGGUGAAGUGCACAGUCCUUGUGUUCAGUGCACAAUCCUUUACACUCUCAGCCUCACUGGGUACAUUCUCUUGUGGAAGAAAGGGUCAAAGUUUGCAAGCUGCACUUGUCAGCUGCCAGAAAUGUAAGCUUUUAUUUAGAAUCUGAUAAUGGUCCCCUGAAGCUCCAGAUAAGAAAGACUCAGACUCAAAGAAUCAACAUCUACUACCGUUGUAAUCUGAUAGAAAGACUGCAGAGGCCGUGAGAGAGUUCAGGGGACUGUGCAACUGGCAGAGUCAGAAGGAAACUACUGAUGUGAAGUUUCAGUGAGCAUUCCCCUGUUGCCAUUUUUCCUGCUAGAGCUGUCUUUCCCACAGAUCAGGGUCCCUCGAUCUCUCAAGCCACAAGUUCAACCUUUAGCCAGGCAGUAGGUCAAACAAAACAACAGCAGUGUAUCUUUGUUGCUGCAGAUAUUAACCUUUAGAGCCCAGUUACUGAGCAGCUACAACCUACAGUUUACAAGCCCUGGCAUUCGUUCUGUGUUUCAUGUACCAUGACUGGCUUUACUAAUUGGCUGAAUAGCAGAAUUAUGCAUUCAAUACACAAAUGCAUGCUAGUUUUGCAUUUGGCAUAUGUGUACUUGCCAAAUAUUUUUGAGCUUUUGUGUUUACCAGGGAUUUAUGUGUUUUUAGUGAGUAGAGUCUGUGUAGCUACCUGCAAGUGGUCCUAGCUUCAGCUGAACCUCACUCUUGUUUUCACUGUCAGAAUGAGCAAUUCUCAUUACUCCUGAACUCAGCAUGAGGCAUAUGCAGUAACUAAUAAUUUUCAUGAUAAUUCUAAAAGUGAUACUAAUUAAAAGAAGUACUGUGUGUUCAGUUUAUGGUUUGGACCCUUUUCCUCACCUGCACUAAGAAAAUGAGUUCUUUUACCUUGUAAUCUUUUCACAGUUUGUUUUGCAUAAUUUCUCUGACUUCUUUGGGUUGGUCUUAUCUCCUUUUAGCCUCAAACUUUUGAUUAAACUUACACUGAAGUGGGUGUUUUCAAAUCAGCUAUUAUCAGCAAUGCACUUGUAGAGGUAUCUCACACUGGUAAUAUCUUAGUUCUAGCUGGAGAAGCCCCAUGUGAAAUAACAGGGCGAUGAAUGUGGCUUUGAUAUUGCCAGGAAAGGACUCAAAGGAAGAUGAGUAUUUUGGGCUGCUGAUCAUCUCAAGAGCUCUAGGGUCUCUCCUUGGGUAUGAAAUGAGAUGAUCAGUAACAAGUAAGAGUGAGAUGGUUGCAAUGUGGGAGGUGUCUUAAUUUUUGGCUUUGUUUUUCACUAGCCAAGUCUCUUUUAAUUUGUAAUAAAUUUCUUUUCCCUGAGUGGAAUGUGUUUUGCUAAUGAUGUUAAUCAGCAAGUGAUUUGUGUUCAUUUCAACCCAUGAGCUUUUUAAUCUUAUUUCCUGCCUCAGUCUUAUUGAGGAGGGCAUGUGAUUGAAGGCAGAUUUACACUGGAUGUUAUGCUUGCAUUUAGUUGUAACAUAAUAUACUCCACCUGUGGCUAAUCCAUGGCAUGUAAGAACAUGUCACAACUAAUAACUAAUAGCAAUAGGGCUGUAUUUUAAGUGGUAGAAGCCAUUUAGCUGCUGCUUGUUGUUCAACCUCAGCAUUGCUAAUGCCCUUGUCACUUUAAAAAGACGUUCACAUAGAAAUAAAUGCAUUUCAUACAUUC